UUUUUUUUUUUUUUUUUUUUAGGAAGAGAGGGUCUCACUAUGUUACCAGGCUGGUCUCGCAGUCUCGCACUCCUGGCCUCGAGCGAUCCUCCCGCCUCGGCCUUUCGGCCUCCCAAAGUGCUGGCCUGUGCCCAGCCAAUGGCUGUUCCAAAUUAGGGUCUACGGCCCUGCACCGCUGCCACGCACAGUCCUGUGCGCUCAGACUCGACGCAAACAACAGCCGCAAGCUUCCCUGACCCCGCCCCGCAGAGUCCUCGCCCCACCCCGGCUCCACCCCUCUCCCAACCCUGCCAGGCUCUCCAAUCGCGUGUGGAAUUAUCGCUCUACCCAGGCGGUGGUGUCGAUCUCCGCUCCAAUUGGGGCCGUACCAUGGCGGAGAAGACUCAAAAGAGUGUGAAGAUUGCUCCUGGAGCAGUUGUAUGUGUAGAAAGUGAAAUCAGAGGAGAUGUAACUAUCGGACCUCGGACAGUGAUCCACCCUAAAGCACGAAUUAUUGCAGAAGCUGGGCCAAUAGUGAUUGGCGAAGGGAACCUAAUAGAAGAACAGGCCCUCAUCAUAAAUGCGUGACAUAAAACCACUAGGACCAUUAAGCAGUCAUUUAAAGAACCAAAACCUAUGAUCAUUGGCACCAAUAAUGUGUUUGAAGUUGGCUGUUAUUCCCAAGCUAUGAAGAUGGGAGAUAAUAAUGUCAUUGAAUCAAAAGCAUAUGUAGGCAGAAAUGUAAUACUGACAAGUGGCUGCAUCAUUGGGGCUUGUUGCAACCUAAAUACAUUUGAAGUCAUCCCUGAGAAUACGGUGAUCUAUGGUGCAGACUGCCUUCGUCGGGUGCAGACUGAGCGACCACAGCCCCAGACACUACAGCUGGAUUUCUUGAUGAAAAUCUUGCCAAAUUACCACCACCUAAAGAAGACUAUGAAAGGAAGCUCAACUCCAGUAAAGAACUAAGAACAGUAUAUGACAUGAAGAUAACAUUUUGUCUUUGACCACUGUCUUUUGAAUGGGCCCACAGUGUUUAUGCACUCUUAACAACGCACAGAAUAAUAUGUGUUCACUGUAUUUUGUAAAAUUGGGUUGAGAGGAAACUAAUGGAGUUUCAUUGUAACUGUCCUUUGUAAUUUAUAUAAAUGUAUUAUUUUCAAAUAUCCUUGCUUCUUUUCUGAUAAUUUACAGAUUUAGCUUUUCUUUUGUUGUAUAAACUGCUGCCACAAAUUUUAGUUAUGUGAAAGACUACCAUGACAAGAAAAGACAUACUGUUAUGUAUUUACAUUCUAGCAUAGACUAAACUGAAUAAAAAGGCUGAUAACAGCGCCUUUAGUGGGCAUAAUCAGGUUUUCUAUUUGAAUUAAUCUUUUCUCUUAAUUUUUAUUAUGUACUAGUUGUAUUAAAGCUAAUGUGUUUACUUUU